AUGGCGGUGGCUUUGGAUGAAGUGUGGGGGCGGGUGAAGAAUGUCUGCAAGCAGAACGGACUGCUCAUCCUGUCUGUCCUGGCCGUGGUUAUCGGCUGCCUGCUGGGCUUCUUCCUUAGAGGCAAGCAGCUCUCUGAGCAGGAGGUGAAGUACUUCCAGUUUCCUGGAGAGCUGCUAAUGAGGAUGUUGAAAAUGUUAAUUUUGCCCCUCGUCGUGUCCAGUUUGAUGUCAGGUCUAGCUGCCCUGGACGCCAAGUGCUCCAGCCGCCUGGGCAUCAUGACCAUCUCCUACUACCUCUGGACCACCUUUGUUGCCGUGGUUGUGGGCAUUGUCAUGGUAUACAUCAUCCACCCGGGUGGAGCCGCUCAGAAGGAGGACUCUGAGGACAGCAAGAAGCCAAUGACCAGCUCCGCUGACGCUCUGCUGGAUCUGAUUCGCAACAUGUUUCCAGCCAACCUGGUUCAAGCUACUUUUCAACAGUAUCGAACCCAGCGAGUCCCUGAGCUCAUCCCCAAACCAACGGUGGCCCAGCUCCUGGAUGAGACCACCACACGCAGGGUCUACAUCUACGGCAUCCAGGAUGACAAUGGCACAGACGUCCAGAACUUCUCCCUGGAUCUCACGCCGCCGCCUGACGUCAUUAUGAAAACAUCACCUGGCACCAGUGAAGGCAUGAAUGUGCUGGGGAUUGUCAUUUUUUCUGCUACCAUGGGAAUAAUGUUGGGCAGAAUGGGACCCAAUGGAAGCGCUUUGGUCAACUUCUGCCAGAGUUUGAAUGAGGCAGUUUUGAAGAUUGUCGCCAUUGUCAUCUGGUAUUUCCCCUUCGGGAUCGUGUUUCUGGUUGCUGGUAAGAUCUUGGAGAUGGAUGACCCUUCAGCCAUGGGGAAGAAGCUGGGUUUUUACGCCAUUACAGUGGUAAUGGGUUUGGUGCUGCACGGCCUAUUCAUCCUCCCAGCCAUGUACUUCUUCAUCACGAAGAAGAGCCCCAUCGUUUACAUCAGAGGCAUUCUGCAGGCUCUGCUCAUCUCAUUGGCCACUUCCUCCAGUUCUGCCACUCUGCCUAUCACCUUCAAGUGCCUACUGGAGAACAACCACAUCGACCGACGCAUCAUCCGCUUUGUGCUGCCGGUCGGGGCCACAAUCAACAUGGACGGCACUGCGCUCUACGAGGCCGUGGCAGCCAUCUUCAUCGCCCAAGUGAAUAAUUAUGAGCUGGACUUUGGACAGAUCAUCACGAUCAGCAUCACCGCCACUGCGGCCAGCAUCGGUGCAGCUGGAAUCCCACAGGCUGGACUCGUAACCAUGGUGAUAGUGCUUACCUCCGUGGGUCUGCCCACCGAUGACAUCACUCUCAUCAUUGCUGUUGAUUGGGCUCUGGAUCGAUUCAGGACCAUGGUCAAUGUGAUGGGUGACGCUCUCGCAACAGGCAUUAUGGCUCAUAUCUGCAGAAAAGAUUUUGUCAAAGAAGGGGAGCAGGUGCCUCUGAUCUGUGAAACUAAGCCCAUGAUAAGCAUCCAGCAGAUGAUGACCUACCAGAACCAGAAGAACGGCUGCUACCAGCCACCUCCACCCGGCAGCAAGCACGACCACCUCUCCCCGGACGUGGCUCGCCUGAUCCAGCUGGAGGAGGGGAUCCGGCCGAUCGAGAAGAAGAAGCACGCUCACUCCUCUCACCACAAGAGAGAGCACAGGGACAAGGACCACUGUUCCGUCGACAUGAACGGGCUGGAGACGAACGUAUAG